AUGGAGCGCGACGGCGGCGCGGGGCGCGGGCGCCGGGACGGCCCGGCGGGGAACGGCCGCGAGCCGAGCCGCGGCGCGUCUGCGGAGCCCACGGCCGCCGCGUCCCUGCUGGCGCCCCUGGACCUGCGCGAGGAGCCCGAGAAGGCGGCGCGUGCUCGCGCGGCCAAGGACCCCAACACCUACAAAGUGCUGUCGCUGGUUUUGUCAGUAUGUGUGUUAACAACAAUCCUUGGUUGUAUAUUUGGGUUGAAACCAAGCUGUGCCAAAGAAGUAAAAAGUUGCAAAGGUCGCUGCUUUGAGAGGACAUUCGGGAACUGUCGCUGUGACGCUGCGUGCGUGACCCUUGGCAAUUGCUGUCUGGACUUCCAGGAGGCCUGCAUCGAGCCAGGACAUAUAUGGACUUGUAACAAAUUCAGGUGUGGUGAGAAAAGGCUGGCCAGGAACCUCUGCUCCUGUUCUGAUGACUGCAAGUCCCAGGGCGACUGCUGCAUCAACUACAGCUCUGUGUGCCAAGGUGAGAAAAGUUGGGUAGAAGAAACAUGUGAGAGCAUUGAUACCCCACAAUGUCCAGAAGGGUUUGACUCACCUCCUAUGCUCUUAUUUUCUCUGGAUGGAUUCAGGGCAGAAUAUUUACACACUUGGGGUGGACUUCUUCCUGUUAUUAGCAAACUAAAAAACUGUGGGACAUAUACUAAGAACAUGAGACCAGUGUAUCCUACCAAAACCUUCCCCAACCACUACAGCAUCGUGACAGGGCUUUAUCCAGAAUCCCAUGGCAUCAUUGACAACAAAAUGUAUGAUCCAAAAAUGAAUGCUUCUUUUUCACUGAAAAGUAAAGAGAAAUUUAAUCCUGAAUGGUACAAAGGAGUGCCAAUUUGGGUCACAGCUAAAUAUCAGCAGCUCAGGUCUGCCACCUUUUUCUGGCCUGGAUCAGAUGUGGAAAUUGAUGGAAUUCUCCCAGACAUUUACAAAGUGUAUAAUGGUUCGGUACCAUUUGAAGAAAGGAUUUUAGCUGUUCUUAAGUGGCUGCAGCUCCCUAGUGAUGAAAGACCACACUUUUACACUCUGUAUUUAGAAGAACCAGAUUCUUCAGGUCAUUCAUAUGGACCCGUCAGCAGUGAAGUCAUCAGAGCUCUGCAGAGGGUCGACAGCAUGGUGGGCAUGCUGAUGGAUGGUCUGAAAGAGCUGAACUUACAUAAAUGUCUGAACCUCAUCCUCAUUUCAGAUCAUGGCAUGGAGCAAGGCAGCUGUAAGAAGUAUGUGUAUCUGAAUAAAUACCUGGGGGAUGUUAAAAAUAUUAAAGUUGUCUAUGGACCUGCUGCUCGACUGAGACCCUCUGAUGUUCCAGAUAAAUACUAUUCAUUUAAUUAUGAAGGAAUUGCCAGAAAUCUUUCUUGCCGGGAACCAAACCAGCACUUCAAGCCUUACCUGAAACAUUUCUUACCCAAGCGUUUGCACUUUGCUAAAAAUGACAGAAUUGAGCAGUUGACAUUCUAUCUGGACCCUCAGUGGCAGCUGGCAUUGAGUCCUUCCGAAAGAAAAUACUGUGGAAGUGGAUUUCAUGGGUCAGACAAUCUGUUUUCCAACAUGCAAGCUCUCUUUAUUGGCUAUGGACCUGGAUUUAAGCAUGGGCUUGAGGUUGAUACCUUUGAAAAUAUUGAAGUCUAUAACUUAAUGUGUGAUUUAUUGAAUUUAACCUCCGCUCCAAACAAUGGAACUCACGGCAGUCUUAACCACCUUCUAAAGAAGCCUGUUUACACCCCAGAACAUCCCAAAGAAGCGCGCUCUCUCGCACAGUGCCCCGUCAGAGUAACCCCGGGAGAUAACUUGGGCUGCUCUUGCGACCCCUUGAUUGUGCCAAUUGUGGACUUUGAGACACAGUUUAAUUUUACAAAGGCAGAAGUAAGGAAUAUUGCCUCUGAUACUAUGCCCUACGGAAGACCCAGAGUUUUGCAGAAGAAACACAGCGUCUGUCUUCUUUACCAGCUCCAAUUUGUGAGUGCUUACAGCCAGGACCUCCUCAUGCCCCUCUGGACAUCCUACACCAUCCUCAAAAAUGACAGUUUCUCUACAGACGACUUUUCCAACUGUUUCUACCAGGACCUUCGGAUUUCUCUUAGUCCUGUCCAUAAAUGUUCCUUUUAUAAAAGCAAUGCUAAACUGAGUUAUGGGUUCCUUGCUCCUCCUCAAAUAAAUAGAGAUUCAAAUCAAAUAUAUUCUGAAGCUUUGAUUACUACUAACAUAGUGCCAAUGUACCAGAGUUUUCAAGUUAUAUGGCGUCACUUGCACGAAAUUCUACUGCAAAGGUAUGCUAAAGAAAGGAAUGGCGUCAACGUUGUCAGCGGUCCUGUGUUUGACUUUGACUAUGACGGAUGGUACGAUUCCUCAGAGAUCCUGAAACAAAACAGCAGAGUCAUCCGUAAUCAAGAAAUUCUGAUUCCUACUCACUUCUUCAUUGUGCUGACCAGUUGCAAAAACACAUCUCAGGUUCCCUCACAAUGUACUGACUUAGAUCCUUCCGCUUUCAUCGUGCCUCACAGGCCUGAUAACAGCGAGAGCUGUGUGCAUGGGAAGCGAGACUCCUCAUGGAUUGAAGACUUGCUGAUGCUGCACAGAGCACGGGUCACAGAUGUUGAACACAUCACUGGCCUUAGCUUCUAUCAAGAAAGACAAGAGUCAGUUUCAGACAUUUUAAAGUUGAAAACACAUUUGCCAACCUUUAGCCAAGAAGACUGAUUUUAUUUUAAAUUAAGAAAACCCACACCAUGAGUCUUUUCUAGAGAAUCUUAUGUUUUAUACAAUCUUCUCUCCACCUAUCUCAUUUGGAAACUGCCAAGCAGAGUUCAAACUGAGAACCACCUGUGAUACAGAUGUUUCAGGGAAACUGUGGACUCGGCGCACUGGAGGGCGUUCCUGCAAUGACUCGGAUAGGUUUAAUGUGUUCGACUCAUGUGCAUCAUUUUCAUUCUGGGAAUAAAGACCCAUCACACCCAAAUAUGCUCUUCAGUCUCUCUUAAAGGAGAGGUAGCUUGUGGACACGGUCAGGAGACCAGAAGUUGGAAUCCUAUCUUUGGUAAUAAACCUUCCUGACAUUGGUAAA